AUCCACUGAACUGAAGUAUUUCCAGAAAGAAAGAUGAGUAAAAUUUCUCUCAAUGGUAUUAUUCCCUUUAAUAUCUCUUUUCUUGCUACUUUACAUUCUGGUUUGGAAAUUACAGUAAGAGCUUAUUAUUCAAGUCAUAGUAGUACAUCCAUUUCGGGUAAACUUUUGGUAAAUAGUAGUAAUUUUGAGAAUGUCAAGUGUUUAGAUGAUGCUGUUACUCUCUUCCAUCAAAUGGUUAGAAUGAAGCCUCUUCCUCCUGUUGUCGACUUCUCUAAAUUAUUUAAGACUAUUCUAAAUAUGAAGCAUUACUCUGUUGUUGUUUCUCUUUUUCAAGAAAUGCAGAAAUUGGGUAUCCCAAUUAACGGAUACGUUUUGAGUACCGUGGUUAAUAGUUAUUGCCUGAUGCAUCGUGCUGAUUGUGGGUUUUCGAUGUUACCCAUUUACUUGAAGAAUGGCAUUCCGUUUAAUGUUGUCACCUUUACCAUACUAAUAAGGGGAUUAUUUGCUGAAAAUAAGGUCAAAGAUGCAGUUGAACUGUUUAAAAAAGUGGUGAAAGAGAAGAUUUGUGAGCCUAACCAAGUCAUGUAUGGAACCGUCAUGAAUGGGCUCAGCAAAAGGGGCCAGAGUCAAAAAACUUUAAGUUUGCUCCGGUUAAUGGAACAGGGGAACACUAAGCCUAACAUGUAUAACUACAACAUUGUUGUAGAUGCCCUCUGCAAAGAUGGAAACUUAGAUAUUGCUAUCAACCUUUUGAACGAGAUGAAGCUGAAAGGCAUUCGUCCAGACAUAGUCACAUAUAGUUCACUGAUUGAUGGUUUGUGUAAGCUUGGUCGGUGGGAAAAGGUUAAGACUUUGUUCUCUGAGAUGGUGAACCUUAAUAUUUAUCCAAAUGCGCACAUUUUCAGCAUAGUGAUAGAUGGACUAUGCAAAGAAGGAAAAGUUGAAGAUGCCGAGGAAGUAAUGAAACACAUGAUCGAAAAAGGUGUGGAGCCUAAUAUAAUCACCUACAGUGCGAUAAUGGAUGGAUAUUGUUUGUGCCGUCAACUGGAUAGAGCGAGGAGGGUUUUUGAUUCCAUGAUAGAUAAGAAUAUUGAACCUAACAUUAUUAGCUAUAAUAUACUUAUAAAUGGAUACUGUAAGGAAAAGAAAGUGGCCAAGGCCAUGCAAUUGUUUCAUGAAAUUUCUAAAAAAAGAUCAAAGCCUGAUAUUAUUACCUACAAUACUAUUUUGCAAGGUUUGUUUGAAGUUGGAAGAAUUGGCGAUGCAAAACAAAUUUAUGAUGAGAUGCUAUCUGCGGGGCCCGUACCUGAUAUAUACACUCAUGGCAUUUUGCUCAAUGGUUAUUUUAAGUACGGACUUGUUGAAGAAGCUAUGUCACUCUUUCAUAAGUUGGAAAGAAAGAGAGAAAAUACUGAUAUUAUAUUUUACAAUAUCAUCAUUAAUGGAUUGUGCAAAAAUGGUAAACUCAACAAAGCUCGUGCUAUCUUUGAGACGCUUUCUUUAAUUUGAGUGCUUCCGGAUGCAAGAACAUAUAAUACGAUGAUAACUGGAUUUUGUCUACGAGGGUUGUUAGAUGAAGGUAAAGAUACGCUUAGAAAAAUGGAGGACAACGGUUGUAUGCCAAAUAAUGUUACUUACAAUGUUUUUGUGAGAGGAUAUCUAAGGUGCAACAAAUUUAGUGAGAUGGCAACUUUUAUGAAGGAAAUGGUUGGAAGGGGCUUCUCGUUUGAUGCAACUACAACUAAGUUAUUGAUAAACGUUAUUAGGGAGAAACCUUCUGUCCUUGACAUGAUGCCACAGCUUCAUUCGAUAAAUAAGAAGUGAAUAUUUCUUUCGCUUGGUUUAUUCGGCUACGCUGUGGGUGUGAUACAAUUUCCUUUUUAUCCCUGCAAAAGAAAUGGCAUGCAAUGCAAUUGCAGAAGUUGAUGCCAAUUAGAAAGCUGCCUGAGCUUACCAGGGAGGCUUAUUGAGGAGGUACAUCAAUUUUGAUAUUUU